AUGCCUGUUCAUUCUAUGUUUUUUGUUUUCUUAGCUGGCCUGGCAUUUUUCUCAGAAGCUGCACCACUGGGCUCUACUGAUUCCAAGCAUCCUCUUAAUGUUAAAAUUCUGGAUUCAGUUCGAGGAAGUCCAGCUCCAAAUGUUCCAAUUAAGUUAUAUAAAGCGGCUGCAGAUGGAACUUGGGAACUAUUAAAUUCAAAACAAACGAAUGAAAACGGAGAGUUAAAUGAGCUCACAACUAAAGAGCAAUUUGUAACAGGGAUAUACAAGAUUGAGUUUGAUACAGCCUCUUACUGGAAAGGACUGGGCCUGAAUCCAUUCCAUCAAUACGCUGAUGUGGUGUUCACAGCUAACGAUGCUGGUAAUCGACACUAUACCAUUGCUACUCUCCUCAGUCCCUUUUCUUACUCAACUACAGCAGUAGUUAGCGACCCAGUGGAAUAG